AUGUCUGAAAAACCAAAUCAACAAAAUCCUAAAAAGGGAGAGCCUUGGAAGCCAAAAGAAAAAUUUGAUAAGAAGGCUAAUAAAGAGAAGCAGAAGCAGGAAUAAGAAUAAGGUGAAGGAAAAUAGGAAACUAAUUAGCCACCAUAAUAAUAAAAUAAAUAGCCUAUCCAAUAAUAGACAGUUGAUUAAUAGCCUACCUAAUAAUAGGUGCCAACAAAUGAUAAAUAAGUUGCUUAAACAAAUGCUUCAAAAGAGUAAAAUAAGCGAAAAGAUUUUCUUUCGCAUCUACCCAUAUUUGAAGAUUAUACUUCUGUAAGUAUCAAGACUGUCAAAUAAAUUGAUCCUUUAACUUUGCAUCAUGCAUUUAUAGAGCUUUGCAUUUAAUAUCAAAAUGGAUAAUGUAUAGGGUCCACCCAUCGAUGUGUUGAGUUUCUAAAUGCCUUAAAAUAAUUUAUACGGGAUUAUAAGCUAUCAAGACAAUCAAAUUAUUUUGCUAUGGCAUUUUUGGAUGAAUUAAAGAAAAUCUUUAAUUUGAUGAAAAACUUUAGAACAGUGAAUGAAGGAAUGAGCACAUCAUAUUUGUUUAUAAGAGAGUGUUUGAUGAUCCUGAGAGACACAAGACUUGAUGAAAACGAAUCAAAAGUUUGGCUAUGCAAUCAAAUUGAUUAAUUCAUUCAAUCCAAAAUAAUCUCAGCAUCAGAAUUAAUUGUUAAAAAUGCUACUUAAUUGAUAUAGGAAGGAACAACAAUUCUGGUGUAUGCAAGAUCCUAUUUGAUUGAGAAUUUCAUAAUAAACUACUUCAAGUAAGGAAAGCAAUUGACCAUUUUUGUAGUCGAUAAUCCUCAAUUCGGAGAAGGGUCUUAAUUAGUGAAUCGCUUAUAAUAAUAGGGUAUUCCCUGUUAUCAAAUAUUGUUAUCUCAUGUCAGUUACAUUCUGUCAAAAGUUGACAAAAUUCUAGUAGGAGCAUCAUCUAUGUUAUGUAACGGAGCUUUGGUUUCUAGAGUCGGAACUGCUUUAUUGGCAUGUCUAGCAUCAACUCACAAGAUACCAUUUUUAGUAUUUUGCGAAAGUUAUAAAUUCUCAGAGAAAAGUCAGAUUGAUUCUUUAUCUUGGAAUGAGAUAGCAUAAUUAGAACAGGGCAAUGAAAAUCAAUAAUACACUUCUUUAAGUCUCAGAUAUGAUAUAACUUAAUCCAAUUACAUCAAUAUGAUAGUGACUGAGGUUGGAUUGAUACCGGCAACAUCUGUAAAAGCAGUAAUUGGGGAAUUCAAAAAGUAUAAUUACGUCGAUGCUAUUGAAGUUCCAAGGAAAGAACAAUGA